AUGGUUGGCGGACCCGCUAGCCUGGGCGCCUUCAUGGCCCCUCCGUGUGGCACAUCCAGCAAGGCUCGAUGCAUCCAACGUGUGGGAGAGAACCUCCCAAAGCCGCUUCGCACUUCCCUGCAGCCUGAUGGCGUGCCUGGUUUAUCAGGUGCCGACUUUGCACGUGUGUCAGCCGCAAAUUGCCUGUACGACUUUGCGGCAUGUGUCAUGCAGAAAUGCCUUGAACUAGAUAAGAUUUACAUCGUCGAGAAUCCUAGGUCCAGCCUAUUUCGGGAAACCACUCCCAUCCGACGCCUGACUGCCUGA